UUCAGUCAGUCUUGUUGUGGCCGAGCUCGUGAGAGGUGUGGUCCAACAAUGGCGGUUCCCGCAACUAGUGUGGUCGUUCUCGAUCGUGGCAACAAUACUACGUGCACAGUAAAUCUUCAUGGUGCCACUGUCGUGUCGUGGAGAGUGAAUAACCAAGAACAACUCUUCGUCAGCAAGCAGUCCGUGUUCGAUGGCAAGCGGCCCAUCCGCGGCGGAAUCCCGAUCGUCUUUCCCCAGUUCGGUCCGUCCAACACCGGACCUCAGCACGGCUUUGCUCGCAUCUCGCGAUGGGAGCUGAAAAAGCCUCCCGAGCGCCUGCCUACAGGCGACGUGGAGGCCAUGUUCCAGCUGCUGGACAACGAGUACACCAGGACCAUGUGGAACUAUCCCUUCAGUCUCACAUAUCGUCUCAUCCUGCGGGAGAAAGAGCUGCACUUCAACAUCAGUGUAUACAAUCCUGGCGCCGAGACCUUGUCGUGUAACUUGCUGCUGCACACCUACUUCAAAGUGCCUGAUGUGCGCAGAUGUCAGAUCACUGGCAUGCGAGGCUGCACUUACAUCGAUAAAAGGUCUCCUAUUGCAUUGGUGUGGAAUCCAUGGCUGGAAAAGGCAAAAGAAAUCCCCGACUUCGGGGAAGAAGAAUUCCCGAACAUGGUUUGCGUGGAGUCUGGUCACGUGACUUCACCCAUCGUCCUGCCCCCCGGCACCGUCUUCGAGGCUAGCCAGAUACUGCAGGUCAUGUAGGCUCGUGCAGGUCUUGGAGGCUAAUAGCCUCAUGCAGGUCUUGGAGGCAGAUGGAGGUAUUACUGCAGGUUAGCUAGGCUGCAGCUGCUGCAGCCUAGCUAGGCUGCAGCUGCUGCAGAUUAACUAGGCUUCAGCUGCUGCAGGUUAACUAGGCUACAGCCGCUUUAAGUUAACUAGGCUGCAGCUGCGUUAAGUUAACUAGGCUGCAGCUGCUGCAGGUUAACUAGGCUACAGCUGCGUUAAGUUAACUAGGCUGCAGCUGCUGCAGAUUAACUAGGCUACAGCUGCGUUAAGUUAACUAGGCUGCAGCUGCGUUAAGUUAACUAGGCUGCAGCUGCUGCAGAUUAACUAGGCUACAGCUGCGUUAAGUUAACUAGGCUGCAGCUGCUGCAGAUUAACUAGGCUACAGCUGCGUUAAGUUAACUAGGCUGCAGCUGCUGCAGGUUAACUAGGCUGCAGCUGCGUUAAGUUAACUAGGCUGCAGCUGCUGCAGAUUAACUAGGCUACAGCUGCGUUAAGUUAACUAGGCCGCAGGUGGUUGCACGUUAUUUGCUGCAAGUGCUGAAAGUUCAAGUGGGCGCUGCAGUUUAAGCUCAUCAACUGAUGUGCUGUUAACGCAAGUCUUAUAAGAACUGAAACUGAUGCAAGUUACGUAAAAUUCUGCAGUUUGUGCUCCACUGCAUUCACUGCACUGCAUUGAACACAUUGCAGUCACUUCGCUGCACUUAUAAACUUGUUCGGGCAAGAAAUUAUGAUGAAAUUUUCAAACUUCAUGCCUUUAAUGAAAUCAAUAAAUCAAAUAUAAUAUUAUUCGAGCCACAAUUGUCCCUUUUUUGAGCAUUAACCAUUAACCAUCAGGACAAUUAACCAUUGGCUGAAUAUUUUUGUCCUGAAGUGCAGAUGUUACUGGGGAACCGAGAAUGAAAAAUUAAACCUUUAAUCUGUAAAAAGUUACCAUAAUAUUUUUUUUUGUUUUGCUAGAUGAAAGUAAAUACCGGAUUCUAAUCUCGGAUUUUGUGAACUGACUCCUACUUCUCUCAUCCUGCGUGUGGAUUCUUCAUUUAAAUUUCAAGUUAUUUUUUUAGUAAAUGUUAACAAAAAUUGGAAACAAUUAGUAGUGCCAAAAACGCUUGAAAUUGUCUUUUUGUUAACAUUAUUUAUGCACUGCUCUACUCUAUGUUCUGGAAGCUCUAUUUCCUUCCCAUAAUAAAAUAGUUGUUAAGUGAUAUUUAAUUAGACGAAGAAUUAACAAGGAAAAAGGAUAACAACCGCGCCAGAUCAGAAGAAGGCAUUCGAUUUCUCAGCCACAUUCCUUUGCCUUUAUUGUGAAGGUAUCUUUAAUAUUAAUCUUCCAGAAAGGCACUGAUUUCAUGACAUUAAUUACUAGGUAAUAAAUAGUUUUCUAGUUUAUUAACAGGAACCUAAGUAAUUAGAACCGUGCCAGAUAAUGCGUUCGGUAGACGGUAAGUUAAGGCGAUGUUACGACACGAUAAGAAUGUACCAUUUUCCCGAUCUUUUGAAGAUAUUUAUUAAUACAACCUCGUCCAAAUCAUUCUUCUUCUAUUUAUGUUAAAGAGAAGAGACUCUGAAGUGUUGAAUUAGCUUUUAAUUAAUGAAGGUUGAUUAUUCCUGUGAACGUUGAUCGCGGCUAAAUUAACUUAACGUUUUCUCUUGAUAAUCACUGUGCUGUUGAUUGUUUGCUUAAACUUAAGAGGCGAUACCGUAAGGCUCUCUUUUUUAUGCUAAAAUACUCAAUCAAAUUCUGGAUUUUAUAAUAUUGUCAACUAUAUUUCACAAUUGUUACAUUCAUUUUAUUUCCAAUUUUUGUUUCUUUUUAUUUUUUGAUAAUUUUCAAUCGCCGCACUCCCUCAGUUAGGCAUAAUUAUUCGUAGGAAAGCUUGUUUGUCUUGUACAGGUCUAUUAAAAUCUCUCAAAUAAUUGUGAUUAUGUCGUCAGCUUAUUACGAUUUUUAAUUAAAUUUAGCGUAUCUGUCGUAGGAUAAAAAAUUGUUAGUU